UGAGAGUGUUUUGUGGAUGCACAGGUGAGGUCUUUAUAAACAGUGAGAGGGCAUAGGAAAAACCAGCAGUGGUUGGUUCCCCCGAGACAGAUAGACAGACAGACGCUCGUCUCCAGACUCUACAGAACACAGUUGUCUUCCCCUCCACGGAUCAAGCCCUAUCUAACUGAGAGCCAUGUCCUCCUCCUCUCUUCUGUGCUGCCUGCUGGUGGUGUGUGUUCUGACUGUGGUCCAGAUCUAUGCAGCAGAGGAACGUAAGGUUCUCAAGGUCUUCAACCUCCGUGCCAGCGACCUGAACAGCGGCUUGUUCCAGACCCCUGAUGCCUACGUCAAGGUGUUUAUGGGCUCCGGCUACGGUGGGAAGACAGAGGUAAAGAACGACAACACUGACCCCUGGUGGAAGGAGGACUUCAACUUCUUCAACGCCCGUGAGAACGACCCCCUGAGGCUGGAGGUGUACGACUCCGACGUGGUCUUCGACAACCUGCUGGGGACCUGUGAGCGCUCCAUCAAGAACGGAACUUGGCAGCAUAGCUGCUCCAUCAAGAGGGGAGGGAUCCUGUCCUACUCCUACACCCUAGAGCCUCUACAGUAGACCCUGUACUACUCAUACACCCUCGAGCCUCUACAGUAG